AUGCUAGCAGAGUGCUUCGCUAAUAGCUUGUCCCGCAGCGCGAACACGUCCCAGCGCACGAUAUCGCUGCUGAUGGCUAUCAAUUUGAGGACUUGGUUACCCGUCACGGCCGUCGACAAGGGGGGACUACAUUGGUCAGGAUCUCGGACGGGGGAAAGCGAAGCCAGUGGCAGCGAGACCGACGCUAUGGGCGCAGCUACGGCGACAGACAUUGCAGCGGUUGAUGAACUGCUUGGCGAAUGGACGACCUUGGAUAUCAGACCUCAGACAUCUCGAGUAAGGUCUUAUCCUCGUCUGAAGGAUCCUCGUAAGGACAGAAGGUACUAUGUCUAA